CCACGAACGUCUCCUCCGCCUGUCCAUCUCGAUCGCCAAGUGGUCUGCUGCUUAGCCACCGAUAUUCCUAGUACAAAGGCGCCCUUGGAAGUCUCGCAUUGCAGCUCUUCUACAGUACUUAACUAUGGGCUGCAAAAACUCCAAAGAGACAGCACUCAUGCAUCGCGCCAGCAGCGUCGCAGUGCCUCUUCGACCCACGACACCGUCGUUCCACGCUCACGACUCGAAGUUCUGGUUGUCCACUAGCGGGUCGCAGGCCAACGAGUUCCGUGAGGAAGUACCGUCCUUUGUAGUCUCCGACAGCGUCGACCUGGUUGGAAGCUCCGAUGGCGAACCUGUGCACGGCAUGGUCAGCGCCUUCACCUUCUCCUUCAUCCACACGUCCGAAGCUGGUAGCAAUUCCAGCUUCAGUCUCAGCAGCUCAUCCAUGUCGGAAGAUCAGAUGUCACCCCGUCCGCCCGAGUCGUUGACGUUCGCCAUGACCGGCGACCCGAUCGAGCUCCAGCCGAUUCUAGAGGAGCGUUCAGGACCGCGAGACGCCGCUGAAGUGUCGGCCAGCACUACAGCGGAGCCAGCACAGGAUGCUGCACCGAGCGAAUGCGACAAGACGGAACCCGAAGACGAGUCGUCACCGUAUGCUGCUCUGACGCACGUUGGCGAGAGCAGCGUGGUGAGUGAGUCGGCCGUGACGGAAUCGAGCGAGCUGCUGGUGAAUGAGCUGGUCGCGUCCGGUACCAGCCAUCACAGUGAAGACAGCAGCAACAACUCCGGAGAUACCAGACGAUCAGUCGAUACGUCGGAGUUGAGUGAAGGUGGCGAGUACUUAGUCACGGAGACAGGUGCAGUUGUCCGCCAGAAGUCGCACGUUUUAGAGUCCUCAGCUCAAGAGGACAGCAGCAGCGACUCUAUCAAGCGUGAGUCGAUUCAAGAAGUCGCUGCAGCGAUCGUACAGGAGGUCGUCGAUGACGCCGUGUCCAGUAACGAGCCACAGCAACCACGAGACCGAGGAGAGCUCGUUGCACGAAGCAGUUUGCAGGUUGAACCAUCAAGUACAGGCGUGUUCUAUCUCAGCAUGAAGACGCAGCCACCGGACAACGCCCUGAUGCCUAGCGCAAGGCGUCCGAUCUACGCCGUUGUCGGAACAUCUACCGAUAAGGGAGUGGUGCUGUACCACGUGCAGCUUAUGGACGAGGUAACAUACAGCUCCAAAUGGCCAGCACCACUACGUCGUCGUUACUCCCGCUUUAGCGAGAUGUAUACGAAGUUGAAGGAGUCCAAGCUACAGUCCGCGGACAAACUACCGAAACUGUCUCGAGCCGGCGUGGUGCACUUUGUGCGUGGUCGACAGAGCAAGAAGACGAUUGAGGAGCGUCAGCAGCAGUUCACCAACGUGCUGCACUACGUCGCCGAUCAUCGAGAACUACACGACAGCGCCGCGUUCCAGAGUUUCCUAGCCCAUUGA